AUGGCAGCCCGCCUCUCCUCCGCAGUCCUCGCGGCUUGCGCCCUCGCCGCCGCGCGCCCUGCUCUCGGCAACCGCAUACAGGCGGACCUGUCGAGCGACCUGGGCGCGGAGUUCAGCGCAAUCUCUUCGGAGUGGAUCCAGGUCGGCAUCAGCUCCGAAGGAGAGAACGAGCGGCGCGAGGGCUCCAAUGUGUCCACCGCGUGCAGCGACGAGCAGUGCUCCAAGUGCUGCUGCCAGGACACCAGGGACGACUACAAGGACGACACCUCGGACGAGAUCGUGAAGAAGAGGAUCAAGGUCGCCACCCCCAACAACAAGGAGACCAAGGAGUGCAAGGGCAGCUCGUACGGGCUCUUCACGCUCGGCAAGUGCUUCGACGACUGCUCCAAGUGCAGCAGCCAGGCCCUCCAGAAGUGCGAGAGCCCCCCGGAGGACAUCUGCUGCCGCGUCGUGAAGCCCGGCGGCGAACACUGGUCCGUGAUGCGCUUCCCGUGGUACGAGUCUCGCGGGAAAGAUUGCGCAGGUGCGACCGGCCACAUCAUUGCGGAGGACCUCUGCAUGAACGCCUGCGAGACGCUCAAGAUCAACCGGAUGAUGUCUCAGACCUACAAGCCGACGUUCCGCACAGACCGACAGUUUGCCAGCAAGUACUGCCAGUAG